GUAGAAACACCGAAAGCCCGGAGGGGCAACCUGCAAAAUUAUUCCGUUGUUCCAGCUUCAGCCCUCCGUCGUCACCGGACCCCUGACCGGCCGCCCUUGGCAACGAAGAGGAUGAACCAAUCCCAUUCUCCCAAACCCUAGAAAAAAGGAGUCGUGAAACAACAGGCCCGCCUCCUCUCGACGCGCCUCCGCCGCCGCCGACCACCGCGAGGAUUUAGUGCCCCAAAUUAGGGUCUCGUACGUAUGUGCUGAUCGCUAAUCGCAGAUUGGCGGUUGCUGUAGCUGCGAUUCGCCAUGGAGAGCAAGGGGCGCAUGCCUCCUUACCACCACCACCACCGGCCGCUCCCGGGCCACGGCCCGGGCCCGGCACACGGGAUGAUGCUUCGUGACCCGUACGGCCCGGGCAUGCAUCCGCCGCCAGGGCCGGGGUCAUUCCCAUUCGACAUGCUGCCGCCGCCGGAGAUCCUCGAGCAGAAGCUCGCCGCACAGUGUGGGGAGAUGCAGAAGCUGGCGGUGGAGAACGAACGGCUCGCCACGAGCCAUGCGCCACUGAGGAAGGAUCUUGCCGCUGCGCAGCAGGAGCUGCAGAGGUUGCAGGCACAGGGGGAGGCGGCGAAGGCCGCGGAGGAGCAGGAGAUGAGGGGACUCCUCGAGAAGGCUGCGAAGAUGGAGGCUGAUCUGAAGUCUUCCGAGUCUCUGAAGGCAGAACUGCAGCAGGCGCACACUGAGGCGCAGAACCUUGUGGCGGCGAGGCAGCAUCUAGUGGCAGAUGCACAGAAGCUGAGCAAGGAUCUGCAAAGGAACUUUGCUGAGGCACAGCAGCUUCCGGCGCUUGUGGCUGAGCGCGAUGCUGCUAGGCAGGAAUAUCAGCACCUCAGGGCCACAUAUGAGUAUGAAAGGAAACUCAAGAUGGACCAUGCCGAGUCACUGCAGGUAAUGAAGAAAAAUUACGACUCCAUGGUUACAGAGUUAGAGAAGCUUCGUUCUGAGUUAGCAAAGACAGCUAAUGUUGACAAAAGUGGAGGUGCUUUGUACAACCCUAAUUUUGCUCAGGAUGAUGGUGUUUCAUCUAGCCGUCAUUCUGUUGGGCAAACUUCUUAUGAUGGUAGCUACGGAGGUGCACUGGUUAGGACGCAUGCUGGUAUAGCAGAUCCUUCAAGCGGAAGCCCAGCUGGAACUGGUCGGUCUGGAUUUGAUCCAUCAAGAGUCAACACAUAUGACACUUCUCGUCUUUCUAGCUUCAAUUCUUCAAAAGCUGGAGCCCAUGAUGCCUCAAGGGGUGCUACUGGUUAUGACCCUCUAAAAGUUUCUGGAUAUGAUGCUUCUAAACCACCUGCACUUGGAGCUCACGCAGCUGCUGCAACUACUCAUGGGAGUACUGCCGGUUACUAUGGGUCAAGUCAAGCAACACCACCUUCACAUGCAUGGGCACCAGCUGCACCCACCUAUGGAUCUGUACAGGUGCCACCAUCAUAUGCAUCAGGGCAAGUCGUCCCAUCUUCAUCAUAUGCCGCAACAACAGCGCGGCCCCACGGCUCAUCCCAGGCGCUAUCAUCAUAUGGACAAACGCAGGCACCGUCUUCAUACACACACACACAGAUGCCACCAUCCUAUGGACUAGGACAGUCGUCAGCACACUUUGCCCCAGCGCAGGGGACAUCGCCCUAUGGGUUGGCUGCACAGCCUCAGGCCUAUGGAUCUGUGCAAGCAGCACCUAAUAGUGGGAGUGCUUAUCAAGCUCCUCAUGGACGAAAAUAGGUUGAUGAUAACUGUACUUUGGUGGGAUCUUAUGGGCAAGAUAGACAUGAUGCCACUUCACCAGAGUUCAGUUUCGUUUCUGCAGCUACGAGAGUUCUAAACCGUUAUGGUUUUACUGGUCUGAGACGAAUCUUCCUUGCAAUCUGCAAGAGAUUAUUAUAUGUGCAAUCAUUUGUUUUUCUGACAUGGUGAUGCUUCUAUAAACAUGUGUUGUGAACUUGUGAUGGUUUUCAAGCAUUUUAUAUGAGAUGGUGAUGCCUCAAGGUUAGUAGGCAAGAAGCAACAGUACUGUAACUAGUGUUUACUGUUCAAUUGACACUCUGGAGUUUCGAAGUGAUAUUCGUUGAUUGUCA